AAUAUUAGCCUUUUCUUAGGACCGUCAAAAAGGGUCCAAACGCCCAAUCCUAAGACCACAGAGUUCGAUUUCAUCUCUCCCCUCUCUCUCUCUCUCUCUCUCUCUCUCUCUCUACACAAUCUCCCGCAAGCGCUGUCUCCGGUCUCAGGCCAAGUUCAUCCUGCGCUUUCAUCUCCAAGGAUAAUGUCGGCUCAAAGGCUAGCCAGUUCUUUCAAAGACGGAAUCGCUCCGAGCUCUUUAUCUAAUGAAGUAAUUGCAGGGAAGAUUGCUAAGGUACUUGCUGAGAAAGGGGUUAAGACUCUGGAAGGGCAAUCCAAGUUGCUCUUAAAUCUCAACCCCCAAGUAGCCCACAUGAUUCUCUCGAGCCCGAGGUUGCCACCUCAUUCUUGCUUGAGCUUUUUCAGAUUCUUGAAAGGGAACCCAUCUCUUUUUUCUCAUAGACCCGACCUUCGAGCUCAUAUUAUAUUAGCUCGAAGAUUAUAUGAAGCUCGAAAGUUUGCUGAAAUGAAGAAUGUGUUGCACUCUGCUGUGAGAAAUGGUAGUGCUUUUGUCUCAAUAUUGGAUAUUGUUAACAUGUGUCAAGAUCAACUUGACGAGCCUAGAUUUGUCGUGAAGUUUUGUGACAUGUUGUUCCGGGUUUAUGCUGAUAAUAAGAUGUUUGGGGAGGCUGUGGGAGUCUUUGACUACAUGGAAAGUAGAGGUUUCGAGAUUGAUGAGAGGUCUUGCAUGGUCUUUUUGUUAGCUUUGAAGAGAUUUAGUACUCUAGAGAAUUGCUUUGGGUUCUUCAGGCGGAUGAUUAAGUUGGAUCUGGUAACAGUCUAUUCACUGACUGUCAUGGUCGAUCUGUUGUGCAAGAAAGAUAUGGUUGAAGAUUCGAGGAAACUGGUAGAUGAGUUGGUUUCUAAGGGGAUAAAGCCGAAUGUUUUCACUUACAAUACAUGGAUCAAUUCAUAUGUAAAAAGAAAGGAUGAUGAGGCUAUUGAUGGGAUAUUGAGACUGAUGGAGAAAGACCAAGUGGAAUACAAUGUGGUUACCUACACGCUUUUGAUCGACCGGUAUGCAAGUUCUGAGAAAACUACGGAUGGUGAGAGAAUGUUUGAAGAAAUGCAUAAGAAAGGCAUCCAAGGGGAUGUUUUUGUUUACAAUUCAAUAAUCGAUCUGAAUUGUAAGGUGGGAAACAUGAAAAGAGCAUUUGCACUUUUUGAUGAAAUGACUGAGAAGGGCCUUCUUCCAAGCGUUCAAACUUAUGGGGCUCUGAUCAAUGGUGUCUGCAAGGUUGGCCGGAUGGAGGCAGCUGAUAUGUUGGUUACUGAGAUGCAGAGAAAUGGUAUCGAAUUGAAUCUGGUGAUAUAUAACACACUAAUAGAUGGGUAUUGCAGAAAUGGAAUGAUUGAUGAAGCUCGUGAGGUGCUGGUGAUCAUGAAAAAUAAAGGGAUUGAGGCUGAUGAAUUUACUUACAACGCAAUUGCUAGUGGACUGUGUAAGUUGAAUAGGCUAGAGGAAGCAAAACGGGUAUUAUUCACAAUGGAAGAGGAUGGUUUGAUGCCUAAUUUGGUUAAUUUCACUACUUUGAUUGACAUAUACUGUAAGGAAGGAAACUUAGUGGAAGCUAGAAGAAUCUUUCAAGAGAUGAAGGAGAAGGGAAUAACACCAAAUAUCGUUGCUUACAAUGCUUUAAUUGAUGGCAAUAUCAAGAAAGGGAAACUUGCUGAUCCUAAAAAUCUGAGAGAUGAGAUGAUGAAUCAGGGUAUGAAGCUGGACAAGUACACCUAUACAUCCCUUAUACAUGGGGAAUGUAUCUAUGGGACGCUAGAAGAGGCACUCAAAUUGUUCCAGGAAAUGUCUGAAAGGGGCUUGCCUAAAAGUCUUGUCACUUACACAGCAAUAAUCUCAGGUCUAGCUAAGGCUGGGAGAUCGGAUGAAGCUUUCACAUUGUAUGAAGAGAUGAUUGAAGCUGGAGUUAAACCUGAUGACUCACUAUACUCUUUGCUAGUGGAGAGUCUUCAUUAAAAAAGGUUGUAGCUGUAUUAUUUGGCCUAUAUUCUACAUCAAUUGGAUUUUGACAAUCAUGCUAGAGGCGCUAGAUGAUCCCCUAUAUUUUUACUGAGGAACUUUCUCUGUCAUUAAUUAUCCAAAUGCUUCAAACCAGGUUAUCGUCCAUUAUUGGUAGCUGAAGAUGAGAAAACUCUUGCCAUAAAAUGUCUGACGGAGCAUCUUAAACCAGUCGAAGAGACCCAAUGGAGUUCGGCUUUCUCAAACCAGUCAAAGGGUACUUCCUCCAGAAUUGCUUUUGUCAAUCCUGUGCAUUGCUUUUCGAAGGCAUUCACAUUGCUCUACAUAGAUGACUUGUUUUACAAGUGUUGACGAGCUCAUUGAAAGGUCAAAAUCGGUACACAGGCAGAAGCUGAAUUAAAAUCACCCUAAACAACCUGGAGUAAUCAGGAAAUAGACGCUCGCUGUCUUCCACGGAACUCAUUCUAGGAAAGAGCAAGUGCUCACUUUGCAUAUAUUUGUCAGAGACCUUGCUUCUUUCUUCCUGGCUGUCGUUGGUUUCUCCGUAGUUUUUUCGUCGAAACAAUUAGAGCAUCAGCACCAGUAACAAAGAAAUUCACUUCCGGUUUCAACCUGCCUUUUGAUUGGAUCUUCUCCUCUAAUCAACGUUUUUCCCACGGAACAGACAGGUUGUUUACUGUCCCUAAUGGGUAUCUAUAUCAUGCUUGGCAAAGCAUUCCCGCCAUAGCCGGAAGGGAUCGACAGCAUGCAGAAUGAACUGUGGGCGGCUACGGCAUCCUCAGUAGGUAUAACGAUUACAUUUGCUGUGCAUUUUUACUAUCUUGCCUCGCAUGGGAAGGAGGAGGGCCUAGGUGUCGACGGUCAAGACUCCGAGAAGGUCUCCACCAUCAAGCGUUGACCGGUUCGGACCGCUCGUGAUGCCCGGUCCUAUCUCCGGUACACGAUCUUCGGGCGGGUGGGGGACGAGGUGGUGGGGUUGGAUAGGGUGACGCAGUGGGUGAGAAGAAUGUCGGUGAACUGGCCAACAUGGCACGCCCAAUCACUGCCACGUCUGCCCGGGGUUCGAAGCACGAUCGGAAGGAGUUCUGAUGAGAUGAGGGGCCACCCCCAAUUUUCUUUCUUUUUUUUUAAACUGACCUGGUCAGUGGUGUGGAACUUCAUGUCUCCUUUUCUUCUUUUCUGGAAAAGAAAAAGAAAAAGAUAAGGAACUCCAAAUGCUUAGCUC